AUUUUUUUUUUUCCUUCAAGAGCACUCGCACAACAAUCCCCUCCUAUAUAACCAACCGUCUCCGAUAUCUCCGUUAUCUCCAUCUUUCUCUCUCUAGACUCCAUAGUUCCCUUCGUCUGGGUUUUUUGUCGUCGCAUGUUCUUUUGUAUUCUUAUCAGUUUCUUUUAAAAAACCUCUCUCUCUCUCUGUCUCGUCACUUUCAUUUUCCAUAACCAAGAAAAUGGAUUCAUACACAGAGGUAGACAACGGAAAUCUAGAUUCUAUCACCGUUGGCGACGGAGGAAUGACUAAAAUCGACGGCGAACGGCAGCAGGAAAACGGUUUGGAUGCUCGGAAAAUUCUGCUUCAAAAUGGAGGAAUUCACCGAGAAAACCAAAGAAAAGGCGAGAAAGUUGUCCCUGUCCCCGAAGAAGGCGAUGUUUUGGAAAGAUACGCUCCCGAGAAUAUCUCCAAUUCCGUAGAUUUCUCCCAAGAUUCAAACUGCGAUCAUCGCGGAGAGCGCGAAAUGAAAGCGAGUCCCGAGUUAGAUACAAAUGGAGUUGUUGAUUCGGAUACAUCUCCCAAAUUCUCCGAAAUCGUGAUGGAGAAAGUCGGAGACGUUGACGACGUCGUCGCCGAAGAAAACAUAGCCGUUGGUUCAAAAAUCCACGGCGAAAUCGGAGAGAUGAUGAUUCGUCCUCAUUCGCAUCUCCCGAAGCCAGAGGCGCCGCCGGGGGUGAUGAUCUCGCCCCCGGACGGCGAUGAUGUCGACGGCGAGGACUGUCCUUCUAUGCAACGGUCGCAGUCCUUGCCAGAAACUAGCUCAGUCGACAUGCCGGCGAUCGGGAAAUUCUUCCGGGAGAAGAGCAACAGCUUAUCGACAGCGAUCGCGAAACGAAUUCUAUCAAUGAAAGAGAACGAUGAAUCGAAUUCGAAGUCGAAUUCGAAUUUGAUUUCGAAUGUGACAGAGUUCAAUCUCUCGGGACUCAAAGUGAUCGUGAAGCUCAAGAACGGGAAUGAAAACGGAGAUCUCGAAUUCAAAGGGCGAAUCAGCUUCUUCUCGAGAUCGAACUGCAGAGAUUGCAGCGCGGUUCGAUCGUUCUUCAGAGAACGAGGAUUGAAGUUCGUCGAAAUCAACAUCGAUGUGUAUCCAACGAGAGAGAAAGAGUUGGUGGAGAGAACUGGAAGUUCAUCAGUACCUCAGAUUUUCUUCAACGAGAAAUUAUUCGGUGGAUUGGUGGCGUUGAAUUCGCUGAGAAACAGUGGUCUGUUCGAGCAGAGGUUGAAGGAGAUGGUAGGGAGGAAAUGUCCCGACGAUGCGCCUGCAGCGCCGGUGUACGGUUUUGAUGAUCCCGAGGAAGAACGAACGGACGAGAUGAUUUCGAUCGUUAGGGUUUUGAGGCAGAGAUUGCCGAUUCAGGACCGUCUGAUGAAGAUGAAGAUCGUCAAGAACUGUUUCGCCGGAGCUGAGAUGGUGGAGGUUAUCAUUCAACAUUUGGACUGCGGUAGAAAGAAGGCUGUUGAGAUUGGAAAGCAGCUUGCAAGAAAGCACUUCAUCCAUCAUGUCUUCGGGCAAAAUGAAUUUGAGGAUGGAAACCACUUCUAUCGAUUCCUUGAGCACGAGCCCUUCAUUCCCAGAUGCUUCAAUUUUCGGGGAUCUCCAAAUGACACUGAGCCCAAGCCUGCUGCUGUAGUCGGCCUGAGGCUCACUAAGAUAAUGUCUGCAAUACUUGAGUCAUAUGCCUCUGAGGAUAGGCGCCAUCUGGAUUAUGUUGGCAUCAGCAACAGCGAGGAAUUUCGGAGAUACGUAUAUUUGGUACAAGAUCUUCACAGGGUGAACAUCAUGGAACUCUCGGCAGAUGAGAAGCUUGCCUUCUUUUUGAACCUUCACAAUGCCAUGGUCAUCCAUGCUGUGAUUAGAGUAGGCCAUCCCGGAGGAGUAAUCGAUAGGAGAUCUUUCCUUUCUGAUUUUCAAUAUUUAGUUGGAGGCCAUCCUUAUUCCCUAAGUUCAAUUAAAAAUGGGAUCCUUAGAGGCAAUCGGAGAGCACCAUACUCCUUGGUCAAAUCUUUUGGUGCUGGAGACAAGCGUUUAGAGCUGGCUUUUGCAAAAGUCAAUCCACUGAUUCAUUUUGGACUCUGCGAUGGCACAAGAUCGAGCCCCAUUGUGAGAUUUUUCACUCCUCAAGGAGUUGAAUCUGAAUUAAGAUACGCCACGAGGGAAUUUUUCCAAAAACAUGGAAUGACAGUGGAUUUGUCCAAGAGGACCGUCUACCUUACCCGAAUCAUGAAGUGGUUCGACAUGGAUUUCGGGCAGGAAAAGGAAAUGCUGAAGUGGAUCUUGAAUUACUUGGAUGCAACUAAAGCUGGUCUUUUGACACAUCUUUUGGGAGAUGGUGGCCCCAUUAAUAUUGCUUACCAGAACUAUGAUUGGUCAGUGAACGCUUAAAAGACCAAUCGUAAUUCUGAUAUAGAAGCAGGAAGCGCAAAGCUAUACAAUAGACUCUGCAUUGGUUGUCGGGGUUUGUAUAUAACACCAUAGCUUCUUUUUCUUUUUAAUUUUUUUUUUUGAAGCAUUAUGCACCCUGCAUUUAAGCAGAGGUUUUGAAAGAAGGGGAAGUUUUUUUUCUUUUUAUAGGUUUGAAGUGGUAUGAACAAUUAUUUUGGAAGCUUAGAAAAAGGUUGUUCUAGCAAUGAAAGCUUCUUCCUAAUCAGAUCUGCUAUUUAGAAAUUGAGCCAAAAAAAUGCCAAUUUAGUGUAGGUGGUGAAGAUGUAUUAUUAUUAUUAUUAUUAUUGUGGUGUGUUUGGUAAGUUGUGAUUGCUUGGAUGUUCUCUGUUUUUAGGUU